CCUCAAAAUGUGAAAAAUGUCUUUGAGAAGGAAGUGGAAGUCGAACGAAAAUUCGUGAAGAUAUUUGAAGAUGUUCUAUUUGUUUGUGCUCUUUAAUCCUAGAACGUUAUUUUACCACUUUGUCCAGUCAGUGCGAUCAAUAAAGUGUUGUAUUCCGAGAUGCAUUCGCCGUUUGUCGUGAUGGUCGGGAAUAAAAUGGGGACUUGAUCGGUCUGUGGUCAAGUUACGUUCAUUUUGUCUCCGUUUGCAAGAACUGAUGACAAAAAACGAUGAUGUUGUGAUGUCAAUAUGAAGGAUCUUUGUGGAUUACUUAGAGUCGUAUGGUAAUUUGUGAGACAUUGGAGCGCGUCAUCGGAAAGAUAAACGGUGCUUGAAUUGUCACGGUGUUGAAAGCAUUUAAUCGUACGUGUUAGAAAUUGAAUAUAGGGUGACGAUGACUUGAAUUUAUCACAUGAAUAUCUUAUUUUUCUUAAUUCAUCUCUCUGUUUCUAUCAUGACCUCGUUCAUUACAGUUAAAUUGUAUUCAGUCUUCUAUGAGAGCAUGGAGUUAUCGUUGUAUUGUCUUCUGAUUUGCAACUUUAUUGCUGUUUCGUCAUCUGCAGAUAAAAACAUCGGGAAUUCCGAACAGAAAAUAUUUGAAAAAAUCUUUAAUCAAUUUCAUGAUCCAUACGUUCGACCAAUCAAAAAACGUGAAGAUCAACUUGUUAUGGUUGUUGGUGUGUCUUAUCAUCAACUCGUCGACGUUAACGAAAAGGAUCAGAUAAUUACAUCGAGUAUAUGGUUAAGACAGAAAUGGACCAAUCAAUUGAUGACUUGGAACAAGGAAGAGUUCGACAAUAUGACAGUUGUUAGCACAUUUCCUGAGAAAGUAUGGAAACCUGAUUUGUAUCUAUACAAUAAUGCUGACGACAGCUCUGAUGGUAACCAACAUUCUUUCAACACGAAAGUAAUGUUGUAUAACAAUGGACGUAAUGUUUGGCUGGCUCCCAUCAUCAUCAAAACCGCUUGUAAGAUAAAUGUCGAACAUUUUCCGUUUGAUGAACAGUUUUGUAACGUGACUCUUGGCUCGUGGACUUAUGAUACAAAACGUCUGGACGUCCAACUUGAGAGCGAUACCGCUGACCUCACUAAAUUUGUGAGCAACGGAGAAUGGGAUCUUAUAAGUAUGACAGGAAGCCGUAAUGUUUUAACGUAUCCUUGUUGUCCUGAUGUAAAUUAUGCGGAUCUAACGUACACCAUUCGCAUCAGAAGACGAACAAGAUAUUAUUACGUCAAUCUCAUCAUUCCUUGUUUUGUUAUCACUGCUUUGAGCAUCCUGGCUUUCAAAGUUCCACCUGACACGGGCGAGAGAGUAACUUUGGUUAUUACUAAUCUGCUAUCGAUGAUUGUUUUUCUUCUUCUUGUCGCCGAUAUCCUUCCUCCAAUUUCUGAUGCCACUCCACUCAUCAGUGUCUACUAUUCUAUCGUUAUGUUUGAGAUUGGUUUUGCCUUGCUCUGCACAUGCGUUGUUUUGAAAGUAAACUUUCGUCAUGCGUCACAUGGUGAGAUGCCCAAGUGGUUUCGAACUCUUGUUCUUCAUUGGAUGGCUCGCGUGUUUCGAAUGACUCCCCAAGUAAAGCUUGCCGAGUCGCAACAAACACACUUUAAAAAACGUAGGCAGUCGUUUAUUCAAAGCAUUUUCACUUCCUUUAAGACGAGGCGCGCUUCUCUUUCGAGGUUUUACAAUCCACGAGGAAGUGUUUCUAACAAUGAUACAAACAAAAAAAGCAAACGAUUAGUAAAGAUCUCCACGUCUUUUGAAAAUAAUGAAGCACAAAAUAAUGGAGAAAAGAAGUGCAGCGUGGAGAAUGAACGGGCCAAAACGCAAGUUGCUCUCACGGAGAUUACAUGUGAAGGGACGUUACCUCGGGAUCACAAAGGAUUGUCGCGUACGCAGAAUGAUGUUGAAGGGAUUAAAGACGUCCUAGCGAUCCCCAAACGUGACAAACGACAAAUUAGUGGGGGAAAAGUUCCUGAAAUGGUAAAAAAGUUGAAGCGAGUUUCGCAGGGAGAAGCAAUCAACAUUACGGCCAAUCGAAGCUAUUCACAAGAAGAAACGAGAGACGAGUGUCUGGCAUGUUCAGACACCAGCCCAAUGCAUGUGUUAGUACAACAACAAGAGGAAAUCGUCGGACACGUUGAAUCAUUGGCCAACAUGGCACGUGACAACGAAGAAGAUGAGAUAAAGAGGGAGGAAUGGAAAGUAGCUGCUGCUGUUCUGGAUGAAUUCUUCUUUUGGCUGUACUUGAUCAUUAUUGCGAUUUCAAAGGCCAUUGUGUUUUCCAUGGUUCCUAGUUAUGACGAUUAAAAUGCCAUCUUCGUUUGUAAUCACUUUGUCGAUAUACUAUGUAAUUUACUGUCUGCUUGUGGAUUGAACUGACAAAGACGAUCUUUACAACUCGUCAGCUAGAGGACAGAGAUACUGCUUUGACAUGCCUGCGUUAAAUCUUGUCCUUUUUGGCUAGAAGCUUUGAGUAGAAUCCACACUAUUAUAUUUUGGUGUCGGUUUGGAAGAGAGUGGAUUUUUCAUUAAGGGAUGUUUUUUGUUAAGCGAAAUUUUUCUGCAUUCAAAAGCGCGGCCAUCAGACAACUUAAUUUUUCUGCAUUAUCCUUGUCAUAUUUAAAAUCACCAGCUUUUACUAAUGUAACUAGUAAAAAUAUCUCACUAGGUCUCGAAUAAAGGACUUUAUACUAUCAA